AUGGAGCCUCUUUGCUUGCAGGAACCCGUGACCUUCGUGGAGGUGGCCAUGUAUUUCAGCAGGGAGGAGUGGGAGCUGCUGGAUCCUGCACAGCGAGCGCUCUACCGGGACGUGAUGCUGGAGAUGUAUGAGUCCAUAACUUCACUGGGUGAGGGCUUUAACCAAUGUGAUGAGUGUGGAAGAAUCUUUAAAAGUCAUUCCCAUCUUGUUAAGCACCAGCGCAUCCACACAGGAGACAGACCCUACAAGUGCCCUGAGUGUGGUAAGAGCUUCAGAAGAAACUCUAACCUCACUUACCACCAGCGGUCUCACACAGGAGAGAGACCUCACAAGUGCUCACAGUGUGAGAAGAGCUUCAAAUGCAGUUCACAACUCGCCUACCACCACCGCUCUCACACGGGAGAGAGAGCUCACAAGUGCUCACAGUGUGAGAAGAGCUACAGAAGAAGAGCAGAUCUCAUCUACCACCAGCGCUCUCACACAGGAGAGAGACCUCACAAGUGCUCACAGUGUGAGAAGAGCUUCAAAUGCAGUUCACAACUCGCCUACCACCAGCGCUUUCACACAGGAGAGAGACCCUACAAGUGCUCACAGUGUGAGAAGAGCUUCAGAAGCAGCUCUGAACUUACCUACCAUCACCACUUUCACACAGGAGAGAGACCUCACAAGUGCUCACAGUGUGAGAAGAGCUACAGAAGAAGAGCAGAUCUCAUCUACCACCAGCGCUUUCACACAGGAGAGAAGCCCUACAAGUGCCCUGAGUGUGGGAAGAGCUUUAGAAGCAGUUCUCAACUCCUUGUGCACAAACUGACCCACACAGCAGAGAGACCCUACACAUGCCCCGAUUGUGAGAAGAGCUUCAAAAGCAGUUCUGUACUCGAGUUGCACAUACGGACCCACACAGGAGAGAGACCCUACAAGUGCCCUGAGUGUGGGAAGAGUUUCAAAAGCAGUUCUCAGCUCCUUUUGCACAAAGUGAUCCACUCAGGAGAGAGACCCUACAAGUGCCCUGAUUGUGAGAAGAGCUUCAAAAGGAGUUCUGUACUUGAGUUGCACAAACGGAUCCACACAGGAGAGAGACCCUACACAUGCCCUGAGUGUGGGAAGAGCUUCAAAAGUAGUUCUGUACUUAAUUUCCACAAACGGAUCCACACAGGAGAGAGACCCUACAAAUGUCCUGUUUGUGAGAAGAGCUUCAAAAGGAGUUCUGUUCUCAAUUCGCACAAACGGAUCCACACAGGAGAGAGACCCUACAAGUGCCCUGAUUGUGAGAAGAGCUUCAAAAGGAGUUCUGUACUCAAGUUGCACAAACGGAUCCACACAGGAGAGAGACCCUACAAGUGCCCUGAUUGUGAGAAGAGCUUCAAGAGCAGGUCCGAGGUUAUUAUCCACCAGCGCAUCCACACAGGAGAGAGACCCUACAAGUGCCCUGAGUGUGCAAAGGGCUUCAAAAGCAGUUCUGAACUUAGAUCCCACAAGCGCGUCCACAAAGGAGACAAGCCGUAGUAGUGCCUUGAGUGUGGGAAGAGCUUCCGCCAGAGCUCGAAGCUGCAUGAACUCAUUAAAUAUCAGCAAAUCCACGUGGGAGAAAGACCCUACAAGUUCCAGUUUGACAUCUACCUUUCACCUGUGAUUGUUCCAGCCUGCAGGAGGGCAGGAAAUGGCCGCGGCACAUCCAGCUCAGAGAAGCCACUGGGACUGGAGGUUCUGUCAUCAACAGGCUGCUUCUACAUGGAGCCUCUUUGCUUGCAGGAACCCGUGACCUUCGUGGAGGUGGCCGUGUAUUUCAGCAGGGAGGAGUGGGAGCUGCUGGAUCCUGCACAGCGAGCGCUCUACCGGGACGUGAUGCUGGAGAUGUAUGAGUCCAUAACUUCACUGGAAGGGGAAGAUCCCUGGAUCCCAGAUCUGCAUGGCGUGGAGGAUGUGACAGGAGACCUCAGCCCAGGUGACAGGAUCACAAAAGCAAAGGAGACUCUUCAGAAAAGUGGCAUGGCCCAAAGGCAGUUGAAUGGUGACUCUGUGGGAAAAAUCAGAAGGGGCGUCCAAAAGGGCCUGGAGCAUGGAAAGCAUCUCAAGAAGCCACUGAAAACCCAUCCAGGAAAUCGAGCAAGGAAUCCCCUAGAUGGCAGCAAAGGUCAAAAAGAGCCUAAAGAACUGACAAUGAAGCAAGCCUGCCAGAAGAAAAUGGAGAACCAGUGUGAUGAGUGUGGAAGAAUCUUUAAAAGUCAUUCCCAUCUUGUUAAGCACCAGCGCAUCCACACAGGAGACAGACCCUACAAGUGCCCUGAGUGUGGUAAGAGCUUCAGAAGAAACUCUAACCUCACUUACCACCAGCGCUCUCACACAGGAGAGAGACCUCACAAGUGCUCACAGUGUGAGAAGAGCUUCAAAUGCAGUUCACAACUCGCCUACCACCACCGCUCUCACACGGGAGAGAGAGCUCACAAGUGCUCACAGUGUGAGAAGAGCUACAGAAGAAGAGCAGAUCUCAUCUACCACCAGCGCUCUCACACAGGAGAGAGACCUCACAAGUGCUCACAGUGUGAGAAGAGCUUCAAAUGCAGUUCACAACUCGCCUACCACCAGCGCUUUCACACAGGAGAGAGACCCUACAAGUGCUCACAGUGUGAGAAGAGCUUCAGAAGCAGCUCUGAACUUACCUACCAUCACCACUUUCACACAGGAGAGAGACCUCACAAGUGCUCACAGUGUGAGAAGAGCUACAGAAGAAGAGCAGAUCUCAUCUACCACCAGCGCUUUCACACAGGCGAGAAGCCCUACAAGUGCCCUGAGUGUGGGAAGAGCUUCAGAAGCAGUUCUCAACUCCUUGUGCACAAACUGACCCACACAGCAGAGAGACCCUACACCUGCCCCGAUUGUGAGAAGAGCUUCAAAAGCAGUUCUGUACUCGAGUUGCACAUACGGACCCACACAGGAGAGAGACCCUACAAGUGCCCUGAGUGUGGGAAGAGUUUCAAAAGCAGUUCUCAGCUCCUUUUGCACAAAGUGAUCCACUCAGGAGAGAGACCCUACAAGUGCCCUGAUUGUGAGAAGAGCUUCAAAAGGAGUUCUGUACUUGAGUUGCACAAACGGAUCCACACAGGAGAGAGACCCUACACAUGCCCUGAGUGUGGGAAGAGCUUCAAAAGUAGUUCUGUACUUAAUUUCCACAAACGGAUCCACUCAGGAGAGAGACCCUACAAAUGUCCUGUUUGUGAGAAGAGCUUCAAAAGGAGUUCUGUACUCAAUUCGCACAAACGGAUCCACACAGGAGAGAGACCCUACAAGUGCCCUGAUUGUGAGAAGAGCUUCAAAAGGAGUUCUGUACUCAAGUUGCACAAACGGAUCCACACAGGAGAGAGACCCUACAAGUGCCCUGAUUGUGAGAAGAGCUUCAAGAGCAGGUCCGAGGUUAUUAUCCACCAGCGCAUCCACACAGGAGAGAGACCCUACAAGUGCCCUGAGUGUGCAAAGGGCUUCAAAAGCAGUUCUGAACUUAGAUCCCACAAGCGUGUCCACAAAGGAGACAAGCCGUAG